CCCUACCGGCCAGGUGAGGAGGUGGAAGAAGAGCAGGAGGGUGAAGACCUGAUGCUCCUGGAGAAAGAAGCCCUCACAGACAUCAUACUGCACCUCCAGGGCCAAGGAAAGGACAAGGAGCAUGGAGAGCGCUUCCUUCUCGCCAUCCCCGCACUCUGCAGAGCCACCAAGCAGAGGGGAGAGGACACCCUGGAGCCGGAGACCUGCUAAGUGGUUCUGCUACAGAAGAUCAUGGGCCUGAUGAAGACAGUGACACAGGAUGAAGAGCCAAACAGGAUCCUGUGCAACAGCAUAGCUGCCAUCUGCAGCCUCAGCAAGCUGAAGCCAGCCCUGGAGCCAGCCAUGGAGUCGUGCCUGCUGCAGACCACCCUGAAGAUCUGCCUGACGUCCCCAAGAAACAACAGCCUUUAUAUCAGGACCAAACAGCAGAAGCACAUGGAGGACCUGGAGGCCAUGCUGAGGAGCCUGUUGGCCACCGCACCCAGCUUGGACAGGCUGCAGUUCCUUUGGGAGCACCUGACAUCCUGGCUGCAGUCUCCUGGCGCCAUAGACAGGGCGAAGGCCAUGAGAAGCAGCAGCGCCCUGCUCCGCUUUGCUGUUUCCCUCCUCCCACAGUUUGAGGACUCGCCCGACAUGCCCCAGAUGGGUGACACCGCGGCCCAGCUGUGUCUGUCCCUCAGCCACCCAGCAGCAGACAUCAGCUGUCAGGCCAGGGAGGGCAUCUACCUGCUCGCCCAAAUCCUGCUGCACAACAAGGGUAAGGAAGCCCGGCCAGGGUGCAAGACCCCUAUGCAAACAAUCCUUCUGUCCACACGCUGA